AUGGGGCUGCCUGUGCCAGCUCCAUCUGCUGCUGGGGCGGCGGGGCCGGGGCCCGGCGGGGCCGCCGCUGACCCGGGCAGCCUGCCGCGUCAAGUAAGAGUUUAUACUUCAGAUGGUCAGAAAAACAGCACAGGAACACAGGAUGCAAGUCCCCCAGUCCCUGAAGGAGGUGCGCCGAAAACAGCGUCAGUCCGGGAUGCCAGCAGUCAGGCAUCACCUUUGUUACAACCGCCAAUCCAAGUAAAAGUGAAAGCAGUGCUUAAAAAGCGAGAAUAUGGACCAAAGUACAUGAAGAAUAAUUUCAUCACAGGCGUCAGAGCAAUAAAUGAGUUCUGUCUGAAGUCCAGUGACCUGGAUCAGCUCAGGAAAAUCAGGCGGCGGAGCCCUCAUGACGACACUGAGGCUUUCACUGUGUUUUUGAGAUCGGAUGUGGAGGCGAAGUCUCUAGAAGUCUGGGGAAGCCUGGAGGCUCUUGUUCGAGAGAGAAAAAGGCGUAAAGAAGCAGAAAUAGAAUAUAGAGAAAAUUUGUUUAAAAACCAAAAGUUGUUGAAGGAAUACAAAGAUUUCCUAGGAGAUACUAAGCCACGGUCCAGUGCCUCAGCUAUAUUUCUCAGUGGACCUGGAAAAGUGGUGAUGGUUGCUAUUUGCAUAAACGGCUUGAAUUUUUUUUUCAAGCUUCUCGCUUGGGUUUACACAGGCUCGGCGAGCAUGUUCUCCGAAGCCAUUCACUCUUUGGCAGACACGUGCAAUCAAGCUUUGCUAGCGCUUGGAAUCAGUCAGUCUGUGAGGACUCCAGAUCCAAGUCAUCCAUAUGGCUUCACAAACAUGCGCUACAUUGCGUCCCUGAUCAGUGGCGUCGGCAUUUUCAUGAUGGGUGCAGGACUUUCAUGGUAUCACGGGGUGAUAGGCUUGCUGCAUCCUCAGCCCAUGGAAUCGCUUCUUUGGGCUUAUUGUAUAUUAGCAGGGUCACUGGUCUCUGAAGGAGCUACUCUUCUUGUGGCAAUCAAUGAAAUCAGAAGAAGCGCCCGGGCCAAAGGGCUGUCCUUCUAUCAAUAUGUCAUUCAGGUUCGUGACCCCAGUACGAAUGUCGUGUUGCUAGAAGAUACUGCGGCGGUUCUGGGUGUGAUGUUAGCUGCUACCUGCAUGGGUCUGACAUCCUUAACAGGCAACCCAUACUACGACAGCCUGGGCUCGCUUGGUGUGGGAACAUUAUUGGGAGCCGUGUCGGCAUUCCUCAUCUAUACCAACACGGAAGCGCUGCUGGGGCGAUCCAUUCAGCCCGACCAGCUGCAGAGGCUGACGGAGUUACUGGAAUGCGACCCUGCAGUGAGAGCGAUUCAUGAUGUUAAAGCCACAGAUAUGGGAAUGAGCCAAGUGAGAUUCAAGGCAGAAGUAGACUUUGACGGACGGGUUGUGACUCGGUCUUACUUGGAGAAACAAGACAUUGAGCAGCUACUACAAGAAAUUCAGCAGGUGAAGACUCUUGAGGAGUUGGAGGUUUUCAUGCUUAAACACGGUGAAAAUGUUAUUGACACACUAGGAGCUGAAGUCGACCGGCUUGAGAAGGAGCUAAAGCUGCGCAAUCCAGAGGUGCGGCAUGUAGACCUGGAGAUAUUGUAAGCUUGGCAGAAGUCUCCUUUGG